UCUUGAAAUUAAAUUAUUCGAAUUACAAAAAACUCAUGAAAAAACUAUUUUAGAAUUUACUCAAAUUAAAGAAAAAUAUCAAACAUGUCUUGAAGAAAUACAAGAUUUACAAAAUCAACUUAAUGAAGUAAGAUUAAUUGAUGCCGAAAUGAUGGAUGAUUUUAAAUCAAUUUCUUCAACUCCUAUAACUCCAAUGUCACCAUCUAGCGUAAUGGGAAUGGGAUCUCCUAUAACUUCAAGACAAUCUUUACCACCAUCUAUGCAUUUUCCUCGUAAACCUAGAUCUUUUUCAAUGGGAAGUGGUGAAAAACAUGAUCUUAUACAUCUUGCUACUGUACAAAGAUUACAAAUGGAACUUAGACAAUUAGAAUCUUUAAAUGAAGAUAAAAAAUCUGGAUUAGAUACUGUUAGACAAGAAUUUGCACGUUUGGAAAUGAGUCAUAGAGCAAAUUUAGAGAUUGUAGAAGAACUUCGUGAUGAGAUAAAAAGACGUGAUACUUUAGCACAAAUUGAAGUAAUGUCAAUGAUAAAAUCUGAUUCAAAAGAUCAUUCUACUUUUAUAAAUGAUUUUGAUGAACUUGAAGUUGUACAUAGACUUCGUGAAGAAGUUAAAAAUCUUAAAGAAGAACAAAGAAAAACUUUGAAUCUUGUAGCUGAACGUGAAAAAGAUUAUCAAAUUAAUGAUUAUGAGGUAAUAAAAAUUGAAUUAAAUUUACAAGAAUUUCGUGAUAAAUUACAAGAUACUCUUGAAAAGAAAAAUCAAGAUUCUAAUAAUAAUGAUAUAGAAUUCGAUAAAAGUAUUGAAAAUUUACAAAUCUGUAUAAAAGAUUUGGAAGAUCAACUUUUCAAAACUAAACAAUUAAGAUCUCAAUUAGAUAAUGAUAUUAAUUCAAUUUCUAAAGAAGUCGCUACUGAAAUGAUAACUCUUCGUAAACAAGUUGAUAAAUUACAAAUUGAAAUUGAAGCAAAGAAUCAUGCUAUAGCUGCUUUAUUACUUCCAAAUUAUAAAAAUCAAAAUAAGAUUAAAGAACUCGAAGAACAAUUAACUGAAGUAAGACAAGCACUUUGUCAUGCUUUAGAAAAGAACAAUGAUAAAUUAUCCAAAGUUUCUGGAGGAAUUUCCGAAUCUUUUGGAGAUCAUAGAAACAAUAAUUUAACAAUUUCAAUAAUACCUUUAAAAGAAACUUUUGAUGAAAAUGUAAAAUUACUCGAAGAAAAAGCUAAAGAUCUUGAAACACAAUUAAUCAAGGCCAAAGAAAUUAUUUCAACUCGUGAUUCUUUAAAUAUUAUUGAUCCUACACAAAAAUCUAUUGAAAUACUUGAAGAAAAAUUAAUCGCUUUACAAGAAGAAUUGAUUAAUAAAUCUGAUACAAUUCAAAAUUUACAAAGUGAAAAAGAUUUAGUUAUAUCAUUAAGAACACAACUUGAAACAUUAAAAUCUGAUCUUAAACAAAAAUAUGAACUUAUAGAAAUUUUAAAUCGAGAUUUUAUAGAUAAAAAUAUUUUACAACAAAAACUUCGUGAAAAAGAAGCUGAAGCAAUAACAUUAAAAUCACAACUUUCAGAAGUUCAAAUUCGUCAAGAAGAAACUCAAAAUCAAAUGAAAAAUCUUCAAAUAAAAUUGAAAAAAGUUGAAAGUAUUGGAAUUGAUGAUCAAUUAUUAAUUUCAGAAAUUGAAAAUGUUAGAAAAGAACUUCAAACCGUUAAAAAUAAUGAAAUUACUGCAUUGGAACAAAUUAAAAUUUUGAGUGAUAAAGAAACAAAACUUAAUAAAGAUUUAAAACGUUUAAGAACUAUUGAAAUUGCUCAAAGAGAAAGAAUAGAUUUAUUAGAAAAUCAAUUAUCAUCUAAAAACACGUUUGUUGAUGAUGAUAUAAUAAAAUUAAGAAAUGAAUUGAUUAUGUUAAAGGAAUCUGAAUCUUUACAUAAACGAACAAUCAUUGAUCUUGAAUCUAAAUUAGAAAAAUCAGAACUUGAAUAUUCCACUUUACGAGCUAAAAUUGAUAUUCUAAAAUCUAGAAAAUUUGGACAAAAAGAUCUUAUUCAAUCUCACGAACUUCAAUUAAAUAAGAUGUUAUCAUCAGCUGAUUCUAAUAUUGAAUUACAACAGAUCAAGAUAUUAAAUAAUGAAAUUGAGAAUUUACGAUCUCAAGAUAUUAUACAACGUAGAAAAAUUGAUACAUUAGAAAAUCGAUUACAACUUAUUAAACAAGAUUCCGAUACAGAUGGUCUAAAAAGAGAAAUCUUGGAAUUAAAAGAUUCUAAAUCUAAUCUUUUAAAUACGGUUAAAGAAUUAGAAAGUAAACUUGAAAUUUUACAAAAAGAAAGUAAAGAUUUACGAAUUUUGAGAAAUGAAAUUAAAUAUUUGAAAGAAUUUGAAUCUGAACAAAAUUCUACAAUUGAACAAUUACAAUCUCAAUUAAAUGAUACAAUAAAAUCUAAAGACACUUUAAUUUUAGAAUUAGAAACUUUGAAAAAAGAACGUGAUGCAAAAAGUGAACAAAUUAUUUCCCUAGAAAAUGAAUUAAAGACCGUUAAAGAAGAAUUAUUACGAGUAAAUGAAAAAAAUGUUACUUGCUCAAAAGAAAUUGUCGAAUUGAAAAAUUUGUUAACUGAUACGUUACAAAGACGAGAUAAAGAACUAAAACGGAUAAAAGAAUUAGAGGUGGAACUUCAAGAAGUAAAGGAUAUUGAUAUAAACGGUAACAAUAAUCUAAGAUCUCUUAAAGAAGAACUCGCGACUGCUAAAAUCGAAAUGGAUGUUCAAAAUGAUCUCAUAGCAAAUCUUAAAAUAAAGUUAUUGGAAGUUGAAAAAGAACAAUUACAAUGUUCAAUAACUAAUUUACAAACGGAAUUGGUUGAAUCCAAGAAUUCUUUUCAGAAAGAUCAAACGACCAUUGCUAACCUUGGAAAUGAAUUUGCAACUGUUGGCUCUUUACUUAGCGAAGCAAAAGUAACAGAAGAGAAACGCACUCAAAUUGCCGUUCAACUUGAAGUAAAACUAAAACAAGCUGAUUGUGACCUAAAAGCUAAAGAACAAAUGCUUUCAAUAAAAGAUGAACAUAUAAUACAAUUGGAAUCACAAAUUCAAAAGUCAAAAGUAGAUUUGGAAACUGCUAAAUUACAAGCAACUAUCGAAGCAGAAAAUGCUAAAAAUCUUCAAAGCACACUUUCUAAAUUAGAGACUAAAUUACAAACAAUUCCUUCAUUAGAUGAGAUGGCUGCUACCAAAGCUUUUGCGGACAAACAAGCUCAACUUGUAAAAGAAUUAGAAUCAAAAUUAGCUAAUAUUAAGAGUAAAAGUUCAACUGAUGCAGCCACAAGUAUUGAUUCAAUUGCUCUGAUGACUGCCGAAUUGGAAGAAAAGAAGCAUAUUGAAAUUACUCAGUCAGAUUUGAUCCAAAAGUUAGAAGUUACUCUGAAAGGAAAACAAGAAACUUUAGAUCAAUUACAAGAAACUAUCCAAAAAAUUAAUUAUGAAUUGGAACAAGUCAAAGGUUCAGAAGUUCGACAACGAGAUCUUAUUAAAGUCUUAGAAUCCAAGUUACAAACAGUAGAAUCUGGUCACAAUGCAGAAAUUUCCAAACUUCAAGAGGCUAAUGCAGAAAUAUCAACUCUUAAAGAACAAUGUAAACAGUUGCAAUAUGCUCUCGAUGAUGCAAAAAUGGUAGCCAAACAUAAUUCUAAUAAUGAUGUAAGUAAUUCAACAAUAGAGAAUAAC